AUGCGUGAGUAUGUAUGUGCAUAUAACGUGAAAGUUAUCGACUUCAAUUUUUCAGAUUCUAAGGAAAGGAGUGAAUCUUCUACAUCAGAAGAGCAAUCAGACUCAGAAGAUGUUGAUAUUAAGCUAGGGGAUAUCCGUAGGGCCGUGCAAUGUCCGAUAUGUUUAGGAAUUAUAAAGAAAACUAGGACUGUGAUGGAAUGUCUCCACAGGUUUUGCCGAGAGUGCAUUGAUAAGUCAAUGAGAUUGGGGAACAAUGAGUGUCCUGCUUGCAGGAAACAUUGUGCAAGCCGACGUUCUUUAAGAGACGACCCCAAUUUUGAUACCUUUAUUGCAGCCUUAUUCAAAAAUAUUGAUAGAUUUGAGGCGGAGGAAUUGGCUUUCCAUGAAGAUGACGAGGCUCGUAAUAAGCAGAUUCAAUUAUCUAUAGCUCAAGUAUCGCAACGACAAUCUGAGGCCCUUGUGAAAAGAAAAUCUCUUGGUAAAGAUGCAGCAGUCUUACGGAAAUCACAGCGUAUUGGUAGUGGCUCCAGAAGAAGAAGGAACUGCAGAAACUUGGAAAUGGAUACAUCAGAAGCCCAUGAUGACGAUGAUAAUAAUAACAGAGGCGAAGAUUCUUCUUCAGAUGAGCCUUGUGCCGAAAACCGGGAGAGAAAACGAAGAAGGCGCUCUACAAGUCGUCCUACAGUUCACCCUUCUUCUUCAAGUGCAAAGAAAAACAACAAUAACUAUGCGGAUAAUGUCCCAGAGGAGGCGCAUAGAGACAGGAGAGGGAUAUCACCCGGACUUGUGUGGAACCCAGAAAUACUUGCAUGGGGAAGAGGCGGUACAAGGAGUAGCAAUACAAGGCAUGGGAAUAAUAACUUAGGAGCUAAUAAUAGGAUUGUGAGGAAUGCUCGCUUGAAUAGACUUGUGGAAUAUCUCAGGAGCUUAGAGGGUAACAAUGUCGAGUUGGAUAUUCAUCUUAAGCUUGUCUCGCUGGAUACAAAAUGUUUACCAGACUUACCUCAGCCAUAUCUCUGUUGCCGACCCACUUUGCUAGUGAAACAACUCCGUGAAUUUGUAGCACUCCAAAUGCAAUUGAAGGCUGAAGAGGUUGAAUUGUUAAUGUCUAAAGGAGAGGAUAGGGAAAUUGAGAAUCCUUCAUCAGCAUCAACAGAGAAGUUGCAGAGUCUUAAAGAUGAUGAAACCUUGGCUAAGCUCAAAGUUGACUGCAUUUCAAGCCUUGAAUAUUUGAUUGUAGUGUACCGGCAAAAGCAAAUUGGGUAG